AUGCAGCCAUGCCCCACCGCGGACCCGGUAUCCACCCUGUACAGAUGGGCUCCCUACUGCUAUCACAGCGGCUUCCAGCUGGCCAAACACCAGGCUGACAACAUGACGUGCAGCUUCUACACUGAUCUUGUCAACUGCAUCACUCUGGUGACCAACUACAACGGCUUCAACUGCAGUGUCGAUGACAUCAUCAUGAUGUAUCAGCAGAAUACUAGCAUGUUUGACCUCACCGACUUGAACCAUACAGCUUGUACAGUGCCUCCUCUGGAGCUCCGCGAUACCAUGAAGCAUUCAGUGUGUGCUGAUGAAGUGGUGAGAGACUACGUCUUCAAGUAUGGCUGCAGGAACUUCAGCAAGGAAAACAUCAAAUACGUCACAACGACCAACUUCUGCAGGAAGGUGGCUUCAACCACAGACUGCAUACAGACCAUGAUGGCCUCGUUCGGGGCUACCUGUUCCAGAGAGGAGGCUGGACGUAUGCUGAAAAGGAUCCCACGUCUCGAGUACCUCGGAUGUGUGGACGAGUGCCACAAAAACUAUAAGCCAGACUACAAGAGCUCCUGCUCUGCCUAUUCUCCCUUGACCCAGGAGCUGUCCUUGUGUUCAGACAAGGCCGACAUGAUCCGUGGGUCCUCCUCCCAAUAUGACCAGUGCAGCACCUACUGGCCGAUGCUGGUCCGUUGUAUACAGAAGAGGCUGUAUGAGGGUGGGGCUGUCUGCGACGGUUACGGCAUUGUGGGAAGACUCCGCAACGACUCGAAACUUCUGACAGAAAAGAGACUUGAGAGCCUGUACAAUUGUCAUGAGUUGAAGUUCCCCUCAGUGUGUGAAGAAAAGGAUGUAAUCACCAUGGCAGUAGAUGCUUGCAAUGUUGACAUGAAGAAGUGUGGACAAGAAGAGAUGGUGACUCAGUGCGUACAGUCCCAGCUCGGCAACAAGACUUACCCUGUCUACUGUUCAUGGUCACAACUCCGCAGCAAUGUGCUCUUUGUGCUGGGCGAGAGGGGACACAGACAGUGCUCAGAAGGUGACCUGAGACUGAAUGGCAGUCGAUUCGAAAUACUGAAGGAUGGUAGAUGGGAAGGCUUCUGCUAUGGACAGAAUUGGACGGACUCUGCUGCAGGAGUUGUGUGUCGACAGCUGGGCUACAAGUAUGGUCUUGCUGAUAGAGGCUACAGGAGUGACAGUGUACCAAUCAGUAUGAGUGUCACCUGCAAGGGUGAUGAGGAGAGGUUUUCUGAGUGUCAUGUUGAGAAGAUCAAGGCAUACUGUGAAGGAGAAGCUCAUGUCAGAUGCCUCGAGGAAAGAACCCAUUUAGAGAUUACAGGCAAUAGGUCUGGCUGGGUCGUGGCUGUGCGUGGAGGAAAGGUUGGCUUGAUCUGUGACCAGUACGGUUGGGGGGACUCCGAAGCCUCUGUGGCAUGCAGAAGUCUGGGUUUUGCCAGCGGGGAGAUAUUCCAGGAUGGGGCACCCCGGCCUCUGCCUCAUGCAUCUGCCUUCCAGGCCAGCUUAAAUUGCAAAGGCAAUGAGAACAGCCUGGACUCCUGCUUACAAAGUGCUACGUGGCAAGGGGACCUGGUGGACGUUUCUGGACUCAACCAGAACUACUAUUACGGACCAUGUUACAUGUACAAUAUGGCCACUGCGUACUGUCAUGAUAAACUGAGACUUCACAGGAAAUAUGGCAACUCUACUGGAAUUGUGUUGAUGAAAAAUGCAACUUCAACAUACGCCAUCUCCAAUGAUGGAUUUGAUGACAAGGCUGCCAGUGUUGUGUGCAGACAGUUAGGGUUCGAGAAAGGUGGUAUCUCCCUUGGCUUCAAUCCUUUUUCAAGUUACUACACCAUUCACAGUUUAGCUAACUUGACAUGCAACGGAGAUGAGGCUGAUCUGAUGGAGUGUGAGCACAACGGGACAUACUACAGUUAUUCAUCAACACCGCCUGCGGUAGUCAAGUGUACAACAGACCAGGAGGAAGUGCCAGACAUGGAGAUGAAGGUCAGCAAUGACGGUCGUGUCAUGGUUUCACGUUACGGAAUAUUUGGAACAAUCUGCAAUGAUGGAUGGACCAACAAGGAAGCUGAGACAGUCUGCUCCACCAUGGGCUAUGAUGCUGGUUAUGCUAAGAGACUGUAUGGCCAAGGGUCCGAGGUUCCGAAAUGGCUGUACAAUGUGACAUGUGCUGAUGGAGAUAAGUCUCUCCUUGAAUGUAACUCUUCCAAGAUGACAGGUAGCUACAGCUGCUACUACGAUGCUGGAGUCUAUUGCUUUAACAGAUCAGAAGUUCCAACCUACUCUCUGACAAAUGGACACUAUGGCUAUGUGAUGGCAACUCUCAAGAAUGAGAAGGGCAUUGCCUGCAGCAACUACUUGAGCAGCUCCAAAGCUCUUGUCAUAUGCCGCAGCCUCGGCUACUACACCGGAGAGCCCUACACUGACCCCUUAGCUAUUCCUGAGACCACCACUGCUUGGUAUGCCAGUUCGAUGUACUGUUCAGGAGACGAGGCUUCUCUGGAUGUCUGUAUGCAGGCUAACUGGACAAAGCAGGACAUCAGUGGGAAACAGAACUCGUCGGACAUGUAUUAUACGUCAAAUUGCCGGAAUAAUCUGUUCAGAGUAUUCUGUUAUGGAAGGGUGAGGCUUCACACAAAGUUCUUCAACAAGACAGGGGUCCUGCAAGUUGCGUCCAGUGAAGUUAAAGAAUCCUACAGAACUUUCUGUGCCGACAACUUCACAGAUGCUGCUGCUCAAGUUGCAUGCCAGGAACUGGGUCUGGCCAAGAGCGGCAUUGUACUUCCUGCAGGGACUUAUGGGAACAUGUAUGCAAGCAUCGGGUGGGACAAUGUCACCUGUGAUGGAACUGAAUCCUCCAUUCUUAACUGCAGCAAACCUUCUUCAUCGUAUUCUUGUUAUACGAGCUAUGCAUCAAUCCUGUGUGAUGACAAGCCAGAUACAGAGGCACCUAUCACAGAAAUCAAGGUUUCGGAAGAUGGUCGAGUCCUUGUGAAGAGACACGGCUACUGGGGAACAGUGUGCGGCAGUGGAUGGACUGAAACAGAUGCCAAUGUUGUCUGCCAGGCUCUGGGUUAUGAUGCAGGCUUUAACCAGACAAAAUACAGGUCGCAGUCAGACCCUCAGUGGCUUGGCCAAGUCAACUGUACAGGGUCGGAGAAGUCGCUGACGGACUGUAAGGCUGGUGAUGGGAAAUGCUGGAGUAGCAGCAAAGUUGCGGCUGUGAAGUGUUACAACACCAGCGACUUGGCUAAGUAUACUUUCCACCCCCAAGCCGGCUCCCCGAACACUGGUUUUGUGAUGGUGAACUUCAUGGGUCUGUCGUACCCGUUGUGUGACUGGCAGUACGUGUCCGAACAGGAUGUCAACACUUUGUGUCGAUAUUUCGGUUUCCCUGCUGGAAAGAAAGUGGAUGCCCAGCAUCACAACCAGUCCAGCUAUGACUAUGCAUGGGCGACAGACUUUGACUGCAGCAGUGAAGAUCAGGACCCUAAUGCAUGCUCCGGGAACUGGACAGUCUCAAGUACAGACUAUUACAGACGUUGUUACAGCAACCUUGUCAAAUUGUCCUGUGCAAAAGAAGUCUCCCUCUACCCAGACUCUAGCAGUAGCGGGCCACUGGUUGUGUAUUUCGGCAAGAGCAGCUACAAGGUGUGUGCCGAGAACUUCACCAACAUCGCUGCUGAUGUUGCUUGUCGGGAAAUGGGCUUCAAGGGUGGUUCCAUGAUAUCGUCAGUGGCGUACAAACAUCCAAGCUACUCCUAUGGCAUGACAGACGUGAACUGUACAGGCACUGAGAGGUCCAUCAAGGAGUGUAGCAGUCGGACGCAUCCCGAGUAUAUCUACUGCAGCAGUCAGCAAUUUGUUUCUUUGAAGUGUUACCAUGGUGAUGGCCCAGAUGGAAGCAACGGCACAACAGGAGGUGAUAUGGCUGUGAAACUGAGGGGCAUAAACAACGUGGUUGUCAUCCAGAAAGACAACAUCUGGUUCAGCCUCUGCGGUAACAACUGGAGCGACAAGGAGGCAUCGGUCGUGUGCCGAAACAUGGGCUACAAAGAGGGCCUGGCAAGCCAGUCCCACGCCAGCUCCGACAUGCCCAUCUCGAAGUACAGGUUCAACUGCACAGGAUCAGAGUCGAGUCUUUCCGGCUGUUCCUACUGGACCAGUCCUCCGGAUCAAAGGAUUUGCUACCAAUCUGCUGUAGCUACAUGUCUCAAUAAACGAAUUGGAUUUUCAAUCCAAGGAGGCAUCGAUGCCAAAUCUGGCUGGGUAUUGGCUGUUGAUGGGGACCAAUCUGGCCUCAUCUGUGACUAUGAUGGAUGGAGCGAUGAAGACGCAGCUAAAGUGUGUCAGUCUCAGGGAUACACAUCGGGAGAGAAACUACCAGCACCACCGGAGAAGAAACCUACAGACAGCAUUCUGAUGGCCACGUUUCAGUGCAGUGGCUCCGAGACCGAUAUCAACGCCUGCAGCAGAAAGCAACCAAAUCAGACCUAUUUCUUCUUCAGAUCGGAAAAUUACACUGCUUGCAAUUCUUGGACUGUUGCAACAGCCAGUUGUUACGGACGAGUUCGACUGCAACCAUUCUUCAACUCGUCCCUCGGCGUGGUCCUCAUUAGUGACAACAAGGAGAGCUACAGCAUAUGCACCGAAGGCUUCGAUGACAAAGCUGCUAAUGUUGUGUGUCAGGAAGUUGGGUUUCCAAACGGUGGCAGCACCCUGGGCUACAACCCCUUCAUCCACAGCUCCUACAGCAUGGGCUUUGGCAGUGUCACGUGUUCAGGAAGUGAGAAAGCUCUAGAAUCUUGUGUCAUGUCAGAGAAGUACAAUUACAAAUGUCCAUCGGGUGUACCUGCUGUUGUGAAGUGCGACACUGGCAAAGAUGAAGUAACAGACUGGAAAAUACGUACUGAGGAAAACAAGGUGCUGGUGUCAAGGUUUGGAGUGUUUGGUGAAGUCUGCUCUGAUGGAUUCAAUGAUGUCGCUGCAGUAUUAGUGUGCAAAUCACUUGGCUUCGACUCUGGUGCACCAAGGAAGGUUUACAGCAGUGCAGCUCAUUUACCCGUGUGGAUGUUUAAUGUGUCUUGUUCCGAAACCGACACAGACUUGAAGUCCUGCAGCCAUGAUGACAGGGUGCAUUCUGGGAGCUACUGUAACAAUGUUGCUGGCGUCUUCUGCCACAACAAAGGAGACCUGACAACGUACUCCAUUGAAGGCGGAAAAACAAAGAAUUAUGGCUACCUGAUCGGAGAAUACAAAGGUUUGAAAGCCACAGUGUGCUCCCCUAUAUGGUCAUCUACCAGUGCCAACGUUGUAUGUAAGGAGCUGGGGUUUGCCGCUGGGCAGGCCUACUAUGGAGAGACCGACAAACCAGGGAUCCAGGAUGUUAUCGCUGGCCACAUCGACUGUGACAGACGAGCAACACUUCUGGACAUGUGUCGUACUAAAGACUGGGAGAUUUUCAAGGUUGGUGACAACUCAUCGGCAAACUACUCCUGCUCACAAGGACCAGUCAAGGUCUUCUGUUACCCUGAAUUACGCUUGCAUACAGGCUUCUUCAACAAGACUGGUAUCGUACAAGUCCCAGUUGAUAAUGAAUGGUCAGCUGUUUGUUCGGAUGGGUUUGAUGACAAGGCAGCCAGCGUCGUGUGUCGGCAGCUAGGACUGUCAUCUAGUGGAGUAGCCGAACAGCUGGCUUUCAAUGGCUACUAUGCUGGCAUGUUCUCUCGGGGAAAUGUGUCGUGCACAGGGACCGAGUCGUCACUUCUCAUCUGCAGUAAAGAAAUAUCCCGAUAUGCCUGCGCAUCUGGCAGACCAGCAACUGUGGUGUGUACGGACUCCACUGAUGCAUCAAUAAAGGUCAUUGGUCAUGAUAAAAGAGGUCUGGUAAAAGUCACCAAGUAUGGCAUUAAUGGAACCGUCUGUUCCUCCGGCUGGGAUGACGUGGAUGCCAGUGUGUACUGCACGGAGCAGGGGUACGAGGCCGGGUUCAACAACAGCCAGUAUUCUUAUGGGGACCAGCCCCAGUGGAUCUCUAGUGUCGAGUGUACUGGGUCCGAGAAGUCCCUGCUGGAUUGUCCCUUCGCCACAAAUGUUUACACAGACAAUUGCGAGAGGGAUGCCACUGUUUUCUGCUACAAUAAAGGAGACCUUGCCCAAUACACACUGACCAAGCAGCCAGAAGGACAGGCCCAAGUUGGACAGGUCGAGGCCACUAGAAAUGGAGCUACCUAUCCCGUAUGUGCCCCGGGUUAUUUUGCCAACACUGAUGCCUCCAUUAUGUGCAGGAGUUUAGAUGAAGGGUUUGUUGGUGGACAGAGAUACGAUGGGAACAUGACAAUGUCUGGCAGUGCUGACACCUACUGGUCAGUCUCCAUGACCUGUAGCGGGCAGGAGAAGCUAGCCGACAUCUGCAUCACUGAUUGGAGCAUCAUAUCAUCAAAGGAAAACAGAUCUUGUCAACCCGCCCAGGUUGAAUGUUACCGUGAGGUGCGCCUGUACCCCAACAGCUUGGAUUCUGUUGGCACCCUGGUGGUCAGGAAUGACAAUGGCUGGAGCGCUGUCUGCAUGGAUGGGUUUACAGAAACCUCAGCCAUGGUUGCAUGUAUUGAGAUGGGAUACGCUGGCGGGACAGUACUAACAUCAAGCUACCCUGCGGCAGGAUACUCCAAGUCAUUAAAAAAUGUCAGGUGCACCGGGUCAGAGAAGUCCUUGAAACACUGCCCCGAGAAGUGACAGAUUCCUCAUGCAAGGAUAACAGAGAGGCGGCAGUGUCUUGUUACAGGAAAGGCAGUGAACCAG